AAAUAUUUUAGGAGGUUCACCUUAAUUGUCUAAGUCUUGAGGAGCUCAUUUACGUACUCUUCUUCCUUUUACUAGGUACACUAUUUAAUCUUUUAAUUUCUAUCCAAUAACUGACCUCAUCAUAAGCCAGAGAAAAAAGAAUUAGAAGGGACCAAAAAAAAAAAAAAAGAGAUGAAUACAUUGGGUGUUUUGAAAAUAAGAGUUCGCAGAGGGAUUAAUCUUGCUGUUAGGGAUUCUUUUUGUAGUGAUCCUUAUGUUGUCAUCACCAUGGGUGGCCAGAAAGUGAAGACUCGAGUUAUUAAAGAGAACGUCAAUCCAGUGUGGAAUCAGGAAUUGAGCCUUGCACUCUACGAUCCCACCCUUCCUAUUACUUUAACAGUGUAUGACAAAGAUACAUUCACUGCAGAUGACAAAAUGGGAGAUGCAAAAAUAGACAUAAAACCAUAUCUUGAUGCUAUAAAUAUGGGAUUGGAAGGUCUACCAGAUGGUGUGAAGGUGGACAGGGUUCAACCAAACAGGGAAAAUUGUCUGUCUGAUGAAAGUUGCAUAUUAUGGGAAAAUGGCAAAAUGACUCAAACCAUGCUUCUUAGAUUGCAACAUGUAGAAUGUGGUGAAGUAGAGAUUCAAAUCGAAUUGAUUAAUGCUUCAAAUCGUAGAGGUGGUCUCUAUAUCUAAGACAUUCAUGUUUUUGUCUAGGUUUAAUUCGUAAAUAAUCAUUUUUGGAUAUAUUACUUAUUGUUGUACAUGUAUGGAGAUCUAUUUAGAUCUUAAUUAAAAAAAUUUAAUUGGACUAAUAUUUAACAUAAUGUGAAGUGAUAGUUGCACUUUGCAAGAUCUUUGGAGAAGAAAUCUCGAUAUUGUAGAUUUGAUUGUUUAGUAAUUUUGUGUAAGUAUCAAA